AACAUUAAUUGAACUUGUUAAAAUGCAUUGACUAUAAAAAGAGGGAAAUGAUAAGCAAAACUCUUGCAGCUGCAGACACAUUUGCACAGAAUCAGGAAGCCUAGAGGACGGGAGCCAGUGUGUUUCCCUCAGUCUGCCGAGCAUCACUUUCUGGUCACUGUACCAUGUGGGGGCUGGCGUGCGGUACAGUAUUGUCAUCUCAAUCUGCCUGCAGUCUGUCUUGUUGCACCAGAGAUGCUCAGAGCUCGAGUGAAGCAGUUAGAGAGGGGCUUGUAAUUACAGCUGGAUGGUCAAUACACGUCAUACACAGAGGAACUGCAACAUCCAUCUGCUCCUGCUGAGUGUGCUUCAAGGAAUCUUUCAUUUCAUAGCUGGGAUUUUGUAAACAAAGUGAAGAUUCUUUGCAAGAGAAAGCAGCGCUGCAUGUAAUUAUGCCAAGGUUAUGUUGGAAAGGCAUCAGAUGAAGAGAACUGUCAGGAUCUGAAAAAUCAAUUUGAAAGAAGACAGAAAUGCAACGGCAAUUUCACUGAGGUGCGAGCUUCGUCCUUCUCCUCUCCCUAUUCCAACUCUCUGGAUGAGGUUGAGUUGUCUCUUUUGUGUUGGACCCUGGGGGUACUUCCAGUGCUAGGGCAGAGCCCGAUGGAAGUACUAGCAGGUCACUCGGCUGUCCCACAAAAUAGGGAUUGUUAAUCUCUUCCGCACCCUAUGGUGGCCCCCAUGAAACCCAACUGGGCUGCUUCAAGGAACUACAAGUUCCAGCAUACCACGAGAAACCUACGAGAACUCUGAAGGAGUUAGAAGCUACACUGGAUGAGAAUGGAGAGACAGAUGCUGCCCAGGCGAAUCACCAGUCACAAUUUUGUAGGAGAGUGUUGGAAAAGAUUUUAACUGUACACUAUAAUCGAUUCCCAGGUCCUUGGAGCUGUGAGGAAGCACUUCCAACCACCGUGAUCCUGAGCCUCUAGAAUCUUCAAAAUACUUACAUUUUUUUCCAAAACUUUGAUCAUCAAAUUGAAGAACCAAUCAAAGAGAAUUAUUUGUUUUUAAUUAAUUCUUCCCUAUUUUGUCUUUGUCCUGCUGCUUAUAAAUGAAAUGUCUUCAACUGGAUUUCCUGCGGAAGAGAAUCACAGCCUUGUGUCUGAAAAUGGAACUUUUCUAAAACUCAUGCCUACAUCUUUAUCCACUGCGGUGGACUCUACCUCUACGCACUUAGAAAACGUCUAUGUAUACGUUUCCAUUUUCUUAUCUCUUUUGGUGUUUCUCUUAGUGUUGCUUAUAAUUGCUCUGCAUAGACUGAAGAAUAUUAUCACUUCCAGUUCAUCCUACCCAGAAUGCACCAGUGACGGAGGGAGUUCUUUCACCAACCUAGAGAUCUGCAGCCUUUCUUCUCAAAGAUCCGCAGUUUCAUCCCUCUCUUCAUAAAACAAAUAAUGAAUAAAAAAGACACAAAACAUGAUACUUUUUGCAAAGUAUAUCAGCAAUCUGAAUUAUGUGGAUAAUUCAGAGAGUAAGUCUGGGGCUGUCAGAACAGCACAAUUGUGUGGAAAUCAGCAAAUUGGAAACUGCAGUUAUCAGUUCAUUAUGCAUCACACACAUUAGAUGCAAGUUUUUGCAUUGUUCAAUGAUGUCAUGAGUUAAAUAAUCAGUGUGUUCAUGUGUAUGUACAGAAAAUAUGAGCUCCUGAAAGGAAGAGGCAUAGGCCAGCUUUGCACCAAUAUAUGUCUGCUAAUGCACAUUUGGAUUUGUUGUAUGUGUUAGUUAUUGUAUAAUGUUUGAAAUCAAUGCGCUAUUUCAUCAUAAAUACUAUCCAUUGGAUCAGAUAUUUGUAAAAACAUACUUAAUUAUUAGUGUUGUAUAUUCAUUUUAAAAGUCAUUUUCUCUGUGUAAGUAUGCAUAAUGCAAACCUUGUAUAAUCAAAACAGAAAAUAUAAUAUUUGAGAGAAAAGAAUAACAGCUGAAAUUCAAACUUGUCACUUCUACCUACUUCCGUCCUCCCAUUUACUUGGACCCUAUUAUCCAAAUUUUGGGUUGUGGCAAAUCAAAGAUUUUUCCAGCUGUAUUGGCCACAAGGUAAUGACCACCAGUCCAUUUUAAGACAUAGACAGGAAUAGGGUGUAAUGAUUUUUUAAAAAUGAGUACCUGUACUAGGACACAUGGGCACAGAUGGGACUGGGCAAGAGUAAAUGUCACAGAAACAUUAGAAAACAUUUCUGUAAUGCAGAUACAUUAGAUAAUUUACCAGUUACUGGUAUACAUAGUGGUACUGUAGGGACUAUCAAAUCUGUUGAUAUUUCCAUAAGCAUAAUGGAAAUGGUUUAGCAAUCCAUGCUGGGCUGAACAACAUUCUCAUCAAAUGUCCUAGGAUUGCCACAAUCAUAUAAAGCUAAUCUAAAGCCACCAACAUAAUUUUGAGAUGUUAGAGUAGCUGGAGAAUGUGAAAAGUUUCCAUUACCCAUUACCAGGCUGCCAUUUAGACCUUCUGAAGCUGUGGAAAGGCAGCACCACCAUGCUUCCCACUCUCCAUUCCAAGUAUCUUUUCUUACUGAGCAUAAUCUAACUUUAGGUUUAAGGAAAGCCAUUAAAGGCCAUUGUAAGAAAACGCAACACUCACAUUGGCCCAAACAUGAAAUCACCAUUAACACCAAGAACUUGGAUACGAGAGGAAGCUGAAGUAUCAUCACAUGAACAUGAAGGCAACAUGCAAAUUUAAACCGUCAAGUCUCCUUAUCAUCCAUUUAAAAAAACAUAUCCAAACUUCUUCACAAGAGGACAGGAUGACCUUAUGGCCUACAGGGGCACCAAAUUUAAUCAAGGUGUAAGAAAAAAAUGUUCUGUUGUUUUUUUUUAAGAAAUAUUCCUGCUGCUGGACUAACAGAUCCUCCUUAGUCCUCUUUAACACUUUUACCGUUAUCUCUUUUAUUACCGCUCGUCACAAGCACAUUGUCAUCCCAGAGUUUACAUGUCUCCAGCGAACUGCAGGUAUUGAAGGAUGGUGGUGGCUGAACAGCUUUUGCGGCAGUAAGAGAGGUGAAUACAGACUAGAAUAUGGAACCAGAAAGUGAGUGCAGAAAUGUGUUGAGUUACACAGUGCAAAUUCCUCAGUAUUGACCAGUGAUAUACCCUGAUACGGCCUAGUUCUAGUAAUAGUAAUCCCUGUUAAGUACCACUUGAACCAGGACCGAAGAUUUCUGACAUGUUAAACUACUAGUAACUUCUUCCAUAUAAUUUAAAGAACUUUGUUACAAAGUACAGGUAAAUAAAAGAACAUAAUAAACUUAUUAAACUUGUCUAAACAAAUUUUCAAAAAUACCAUUGCCUUUAUUUUCAUCUUAUAUCCAAUAAAAACAGUCAAAAAAUUGUUGCCUCCUGUCCUGCUUGACAGCAACCAUCUGAUCCAACCCCCGUUUGAAAUUAAAGCUAGAAGCAAGAUAGAUUAAUAGAGCACCUACUUAUCGUACACAAAGGCAUAGCUAAUCAACUGAUACUUAUACAUUAAUAUAGGCAUUCACAUAUUAUUAUACAAAUGGCUGUUAUAAACAGUGAAGCCUACAAAUGUGAUGAUUUUGCAUAAACUGUAAACUCUGAAGCUUCUGAAUGUACGUGAUGUAACAAGAGUACGGGUCAACUUUCAAAGCUGCUGUUCAAUGAUCUCCAAGGCACAAGGCAGAUUUAUCAUUGACAAAUGAUCCCUGACUCAAUUUCAUAGCUGUAAUUGUGACUGAACCCAACAUACAUGUACACACUGAAACCAAAUUACAAGUACCCAUGUGGUCUGAUGCCAGUUAUAGCGAGCUGCUGUCUUUCUUUGCACUUAUUUUAAACAACAAUUCAAAAGCCUGACGUUGCAAUGCACCAAUCAACACAACCUUUAUUUUCAGCUCCUUAUGGACCAUCCUGAAUAUGGAUGACAAGUGAAAAAUGUUUUACCUUACUUAUGAGAUGCUUGCAUUUUGUUGACAACAAUUUACUUCACAUAGUACUACGAAAACCGUUUAGGAGAUAAAAUUGUUUUCUGCACUUUACAGAUUUGAACAGAAUGUUGUUGUAGACAAAUCACUUCUGUUUAGGAUAGGUCAUUUGAUCAUGAAGUGAUACAAACUAGACCUUGAACAAUAACAGCCACGUACUGAUUUACAGCUAACCAAGUUGAGGCCAUUUGUACUUUCGUCGGAGGGUCACAGAUAAACAAUAAUGUUAUAGAAAUUACCAAAACCAGCAGCAAGGAUGCCACAAAGGCCAAAUGCCUUUUUUUUAUCAUGUACCUGUGGCAGAGCUUCUAGCCGCUGAAUGAUACACACUGCAUAGAAGCUGUGAGAGAAGCGGUGGUGGAGCUGCAGAAGUAGCAGUCUUUUAUGUCUUUUAUGUUUCCGAUCUAUGCAGAUGGUUCACACUUUUUUCUUACACCUUACAAAUAAUAAUAAAUCUUUACUUAUUAUUAUUAAUACUUCACUGGGUCACAUAUGUUUUCUGACUCUUGGAAGACCCUUUAAGAUUUGAUUGCCGCUACUCCAUGGGGCAUAUUUUUGUGCAUUAGGCCCACACUGUAGAUUCAAAGAUGGCUUUUCUACUACUCUGUAUCACAAUUAAAGUAUGCAUGUGACCCACACCAGACCUACAGAGCCUCAAUUACAAUAACUUGUAUGCUUUGUGGCCAAAUGGUUUUUCCCAAAUGGAGCUGCAUGUUGGCACACAACUCUACUCUGUUGGCAGCAUGUCUACAAAAAUGUAUUUGUAGCGUGACAAAAGUGUCUCUCAAUCGGUAAAAGACUAAACCUGUUGAUGUGUUUUUAUUUUUUUACUUUUAUCAAUUUUUAUUUUUAUUUUAGUUUUGCCUUUGAAGUUGAAUUU